UAUACAUUAGUACUUAUUUAUGUGAACCACUUUCUUCGGAUACUUUGUUAAGACCGGAAAAUCUAAGGAUGGAGUUAUGAAGCUCCUUGUAGCCUUCAAUAGAGAAGAGUAUAUUGACAGAGAGGCUGAAGUAGUUGAGAGAUAUGGUGAUAUUAUAUGCGGCAAAGACAAAAAGACUGGCAAUUCCUGGAUGGCCUACAACACUAGGACUAAAAGAAUCGCAAUCCUUACUAAUUACAGAGAUAAGAGGGAUAUUAAGAGCUCAAAGGGUAAAGAGAAAACUGAUGACGUAAAACCUAAAAAGCAUCUCUUCAGAGGCGCCCUUGUUAUGGAUUGGGUGUCAACUGACAUUAACAAGGAGGAUUAUUCAGAUAAAAUCUUUGAAAACCUAAAUGAGUACAAAGGAUUUAACCUCGUUUAUGGGCAAGUUGAUGAAGAAUCAACCCAAGACAGUCUUAGCCUAGUUAUAGAAGACGAUUGCGAAAGCAGCUUUCUAUACCAUAUUAGUAACUUUAACUCGAAAAUUUUAGAAACAAUGAAGCCUCUUUAUCUCAAGCCAGGAGUGAUCUAUGGGAUGUCGAAUGGUAAUAUAUCAGAGUGGCCAAAAGUUCAUCUGGGCACAAAGCUGAUUUCUGAAAGUUUAGAAAAAUUUCAUUAUUUUUCUACUACUUCAAAAAUAUCUCAUUCAUCAAACGGUGAACGAGUCGAUGGGACUAAAGUAAGCACGUUAAAGGAUUUUGAUAGUCUUUACAAAUACAGUAAAUAUUGCAUCGAUGAAGUCAUGUCCAAUACUCAAAAGCCAAGUCUUUGGAGCGUCCCCAAAACCGAUUGCUCCUUUCUCUUGGAGUGGAGUCUAAGUUCUAUAUUUGUUAAAGGUAAAUAUGGGAGAAAAAUCUGAACGGUAUCGACUCAAGUCUUGCUUAUUGACGAAUCAGAUCAAGGAGUAUUCAGAGAAAGAUUUUAUGAAUUUAACCACAGUGCUCUAAAAUCUUUCCUUUGAUGUUCCACCACUGAAUUCUCUGAUAAAACCCUAACAUUCUAAACCUCAGCAAGCCUGAAAUGCAAUAAUGUUAAAAUUCCUUAACCGUAUCAAUAUAACUCAACAAGAGAGUCA